AUGACGUCUCAUGAAAAAGCCCCUGUUCAGGAUCCCUUGGCGCGUGACCCCACCUCGGGCCCCGCUCUUCUCCCACUAAUCUCCCCAUCCAUCCUGAGCUGCGACUUCGCACGGUUAGGAGAGGAGUGCGAAACGAUCCUCUCCUCUCCUGGUGGGUGUGAGUGGGUGCAUGUGGAUGUGAUGGACGGGCAUUUCGUGCCGAACCUCACCAUUGGCCCCUGCAUCGUCCGCGCAUUGCGGAAACGCUUUCCGGACGCCUUUCUCGACGUCCACUGCAUGAUCGAAACGCCGAUGCGGUGGGUGGAGGAGCUCGCAAGCGCGGGCGCCUCCCUGAUGUGUUUUCACCUCGAGGCGGCGGUGGAUCCCGCGGCCGUCGCGCGGGGGAUUCGCGCCGCCGGGAUGCAGGUUGGGAUCGCGAUCAAACCGGCGACGCAAGUCGACGGGGCGCUCACCGCGGUGCUGGAGGCAGGCCUCGUGGAUAUGGUCCUCGUCAUGACGGUGGAGCCUGGGUUUGGCGGGCAGUCCUUCAUGGCGGAUAUGAUGCCAAAGGUGAAGGCGCUCCGUGCGUCGUACCCGUACCUCAAUAUUCAGGUCGAUGGCGGGAUUUCAGACAAGACGAUCGACGAGGCGGCCGCCGCUGGGGCGAAUGUGGUCGUGGCAGGGACUUACAUAUUUAACGCAAAGGAUCGCAAGAAAGCCAUUGCGGGGCUGCGGGAUACCGUCGCGAAGUAUAUACGCUCAUAA